CUCGCCGCGACUCGCUGGGGUGCGGACUGUACUCGACUUCGCUGUUCGACUGCGCGACUCCGCGAUCUCGCAGCGCUCGCGCCGGUUUUUGCUCAGCUGAGGCGGAACGUAUCGGGCUUCUCUUCUGACUGAGGCACCGCUCGCCAGGACACUCGCCUCCGCGGAGGCUGGAUUAUUUGACCCGCGGAUUACUCAACGCCGUCAGCAACCGCUCCGGUCAUCGCGUGCGACCCAAGUUGCUCAUCGCCUUCGUCUGGGUUCCAUGACCCAUCACCAUGCUGACCUCAAGUAAUCAGUACCUGAGGCCAGAGUUCCUGUCUCCGCUUCCGACUACGCUCGACGCCAAGAAGAGCCCUCUGGCACUGCUGGCGCAGACAUGCAGCAACAUUGGCGCCGACAACCCCAACAUCAAGCCCAUAAUUCCGCCGCUGGAGAAGCCCAAGGACCAAGACAAGAGCAAGGGCAAGUCAUCGUCGCUCUCUUCUUCUUCGACGUCCUCAUCGAGCCAGCUGGACGACAAGCCGUCCUUCAAGCCCUACGAGUCGGCGAAGAAGGAGGACUCCGCCUCCAAUGGUGACGUCGGCGGCGGCAAGAAGUCCCCUUCCUCAUCGUCCAAAUCCCCGCCGCGGGUCGCCAGCUCGUCGCCCGCUGCGUCCAUUGCCUCCAGCGGCAAGGCCUCGCCUACUGCUUCCGAAGGCGGUCACUCCAAGUCCGAUGCUUCUUCAGGUUCAGCGACGGCCAUCACGACGACUACCUCCUCGUCAUCGUCGACGCCUUCGUCGCAGAACACGCUGAGCGGCCUUGGCUACGGCGGUGCCGCGGCCCUUGGCUUGGACCUGGCGCGCGACAAGGACGCGCUGUCGCAGUUGACCUCUCUGAGCGCGGCCUACAAGGGGCUCAAUCCGCUGGCUAACUGCUGCUCGCCGCUGCUGGCGGGCCAUCUGCCAGGAGGCAUGGACGGCUCGUUCCCGGGCGCGGCGCUGGCGAGCCAAGCACUCAAAUUGGGCAGCUACCCCGUCGGCUCGCCCCUGUCGCCGUACGUGGGCUACGCACGGGUGAAGACAGCCGGCGGCGGCACCUCGCUGGUGCCCGUUUGCCGCGACCCGUUCUGCACGAACUGCCAGAUGAGCAUGCAGAGCGCCCAGCUGGGUGUCUGUCCCAGCGGCUGCACCCAGUGCUCGCACGACCGCCUGGGUCAGAGUCUGGGCCUGAACCCGGCGCUGGUACCUCCUGGGAUGGGCUCCAGCGGCCUCGGCUCGCCCCUCUACCCAGGCGCGGCCGCCGCGCACUCAAUGCUGACGCGGCCCAACGUGUGUAGCUGGAUGGUGGGCGACACGUACUGCGGCAAGCGGUUCUCCACCUCUGAGGAGCUGCUACAGCAUCUGCGCACCCACACCAACCUGUCGGUGACGGACUCUAGCGCGCUGCCGCUGCUGUCGCCAAGCCUGUCGGUGCCGUCGGUCAGCCUGAGUGCAGCCGCCGCCGCCUGCCACCUGCAUUACAGCACGGCACCAUCGCUGACCACGCCGGCUGGACUUCGCAGGACCUACCCGACCAGCCUGAGCCCCGUCGGCUCCCUCUCGGCGCGCUACCACCCGUACAAGCCGCCAAUGCCGACCUUCCCCGGCACGCCAUUCGCGCCGCUACCUCACCCUUCGCUCGGCAUGUACUACUCUCCCUACGGACUCUACGGACAGAGGCUAGGACCUCCUGUGCACCCCUGAACACGCUCUCUUACUCUUUCGUGGCCUGUGGACACUCGCCAGUGCAGUGCCAUUACCCCUCUCCCACCUACCCUCUCUCUAUACGGCUGCUCACUUGUAAGAAAGUUCUUCACGUGGACUCUUGUGUGCGCGCAUGCGUUGAAGCUCACUUGGACUCUGAGCGGCUUUCUUCUCAUCCCGAGCGUAGUUUGUAACGAUCUCUGUCGAGCCUUUCAUGGCUUUGUGCCCCGCGUUGCUCGGCAGUGCUUGUCUUUCGUUGGUCUCCCUCUUCAUUUUUUUAACGUGUUGUUUAGGCCCCAAUAGAAGUUUGUCUGAAAGACAUCGCUACGGAAAUACUUACCGAUAGGCCUCGUUGUGCCGGUAACAUAUGCAAGCAAUAUGCAGUUCUUCCCCUUUGGUGAAUUUGCUGCUAAGAGUGAACCGGAAAUGCACGGGCAGGCAUCCGACGGGCUGUUCUGGCUCUAUUUAAGCACGAUUGUUCGCAAUAAUGUCACGCCUGUAGGAUUUAUGCACUCAAAAGCGUCGUGUGAUUUUGGAAAUGUACUCCACGUCACCUGCACGUUGUCACAGUUUUUUUUUUUUUAACUUUCGCGACUGUACUUUGCGCACUUUUACGAUUCCACACUCGUCACUUGUGGGGCUGGGCUUCACCGGAAUGGCUCAACUAAAGAAUUAACAGCUGUGAAACACUUCUUGUCUUUGGUCACGCGCCUGUCAAUACGUCAGUGGACAUCCGUUUUAUUGGCUGUUGUCAACAUCCGCUGUAUCCGGCGACCUUUGUCUCCCUUGUCAACCUUUUUCUGUCGGGGGCAUGCUAGUACAGGUGGCGCACCGAUUGUUAUUCACGCCGUGACAUCUUCGAAAGAUGGAAGAUAUUAAGUCGAUAUGAAUGCAGGCUCAUAUUGCUUUCGCCCUAUUUCGAUUAACCGCGCGGAUGCAAUCGGCAUUCGUACUGGCAAGCUACGCCACUUGCUCGUUGAAAGCCACGUCACAAAAUGAACGACGAGGACGAGGAACGUUGUCCUUCUCACAAAAAGCGCAAACUACUCACUUGUUCGUCAUCGACGGCCUAUGCCUGCGAGUCAGGCGCCAAUUUUCUCACGUCGGCUCUACCUUAACGACAGUUGUGCGCCGCUUCCUGCUUGCUUUUUUUUUUCUUUAUUAUUUUUUUUUUCAGCGUAUUAACUUUCACGAUGUGGGUCUCGUUAUGUCGCCACAGCGGGCCGCGCGGCCUAUCGAGGCUGCAUCUAUUUUAGCUGGUGUUCUGUUCGUUUCCACUCAAGUAGAAAAGAAAACCAUUUGUGAUGUACGUUUGCUGGCACUGUCGCCGCAGGCAUGCUCACUCUUCACAGGCUGCACCAAAUUUGCACGAAUUUAUAUCGACGCUACGUAAAAGCCUUCAGGCGCUCAAUUCAUAUACUUGUUCACUGCCAUCGCUGGCGUCACUUCUAAAUGUGUCACAUUUUGUCUUGUUAUACCACCGCUAAUGUUAUUCUCCGGUCACCGGCUCAUCCCAGCGUGGCGGUGAUUUCGUGCACGCUCCGAACGGCGUACAUGCAGGACUGGAGAGUGCAAACGUUAGGGGGGAAAAUGUGUGGUAAAAAAUUAAAAAACAAAAGGAAAGGAAGAAGGAAAAAAAAAAGAGCAAUGCUUUCAGUUUGGUAGAUGUUUCAAUGCAUAAAAAAAGAAAGAAGCUACGAGGGGCAUCUUCGUGAUUGCCCCAUCGAUCAGGUUGACGAAUGGUGCCUAGCUCGGCGCGACGCGAUGGCCUUGCUAAUCUAAAUGAAGCGUUUCUUUGAAAAGGGGAGAGGGAAUUAGCAUACGCGAGGGGAAUCGCGUGAUCCGAAUGGCAGAUUCUGUGCUAGCAGAGCGCUGCAGGCGCGCGAUUUAUAAAUAUUCGUCGCGCCGCUGCGUUUUACGACUCGCUGGGAGUUGGGCCUCUUUUUUCCGUGUAGCCGCUCUCGAUGCUUAUCUUGAGCGAUGAGCCCGCGGCUGUGAGUGCGCGCCCCCUACGUAGUGGUUGCACCGCGUGGCGCACACCGUUACGACAAAACGGCAAGGGUCGUUCAUUGGUUCACCGCUCCUCGAUCCGGUGUCGUUUCCUCAGAUAAUAAAAAAUAUUUCCAGUGGUACGUGCGGCCUCUCUGAUCGGCGUGUACUAAGGAAGACGCCGCACUGCAGCGCUUAGGAUAUGCAAGGAAAGAAGGAAAAAAUGGGAAAGGGUUGGAAGAGGGUAGGUGGACACUGAACAGUUAGGUUUGUUAAACAUCGUUACUCGCGAAGGGUCCCGCGUCAUUCCACUAGUUUUGCAAUGUGUCAUUGUCGGGCGUGGGCAACUUACAGCUUAGCGUCUCUAAAGGUAAAGCUACAUAUUCACUGGAAAAUCGAAUCCCGCUGUGUGCCACUGAGGAAGAGGAGGAAAGACAUUUAUUAAAGAAAAAGAGAGAAGCCGUUGACUUAAAAGAGGAACGAGUAGAUCACCAUGAAACCUCCAAGACCAAACCCCAGCGUCGCGUUUUUUGUAACUAAGCAUUUGCCUGAGUGGUUUCAUUUCCCCGGCUUGCUGCUGUUUUGGCGGCGCCUAGCUGAAAAAGAGCGCGCAAACCCCUGCCGCAAUACAGGUGCGCCUCUCGACAGGAAAACUAUGAAAACUAUAGACACGUGCGGCCGGUUCGUGUUCGGUGCCGCACACCACGCACACAGGGAUACAACGGUUAGUUCUUGUUGCUUGAGAAUGUUGGAAUUGGAGUGUAAUGUUUUAUCUUCUCUGGGAGUUAAACGGGGAAGCGCUUCCCAAAGGAGAAUGCAUGCUCGAUUUGCACUAUAGCAUGCCUAAACGCGGUGUGAUCUCUCCUGACGUCAAAUGCUAAGUCAAGGGUGUCCAAAGCGUGUUGCCAAAAUAACACUCAGUCUUUAUUUUAUUUUUAUUUUGAGACGUCACGUGUUUCAAUUGCGUCGUCUCGUCCUUAUUCUUGUGGGAGGAUUGUAACAUACAUACUGUACAGAAAUAUGUCCGUUCGCGUUUUCGUCUUGUGUGUUGCGCCAUUUCUUGGAAAGUUCGUGGCUACUUUUCAUUGUUUUCGCUUGUGUGAGAUGAUCGAGUCGUGUACAUUAAUAUAUUUGAAGUCGGCGCGUACGGAAUGCGCACGCGAUAGUCUUUGUUUGUAUUAUUUUGUUUAUUGUUGUACAUACUCCUUGAUGCCGAUGAUCCUGCAAAUACAUGACACUGAUGAAACCUGGA